AUGUCUGAUUACCAGCGAGUACGACGUUCCGGAUCGAUUGAAGUGGACAUCACUAAUGCUCCGACUAUAGACCAUACACCUUUAGUGACACGAUCGACGUGGAAAAUCAUUGAUGUUUUACGCAAAUAUGGUAGGUUUAUCGGGCCUGGUCUCAUGGUAUCGGUAUCAUACAUGGACCCGGGCAAUUUCAGCACGGCAGUAGCAGCAGGGUCUGCCCAUCGAUACAAAAUGUUGUUCUCGGUGCUUGUGGCUAACAUGAUGGCGGCAUUCUGGCAGUGUUUAUGCGCCAAACUGGGUGCUGUUACCGGAUUGGAUUUGGCCCAAAAUUGCAGGAGACACUUGCCUCCAAAUCUGAACAUGAUGCUGUACAUCCUGGCUGAAGUAGCCAUUAUUGCAACUGACUUGGCGGAAGUGGUUGGAACGGCCAUUUCUCUCAACAUCCUGUUUAACGUACCGCUGCCUCUGGGUGUUAUUCUCACAGUUGUAGACGUUCUAGUGGUCCUAAUGGCUUACAAGCCGAACGGCUCACUGCGGUUAAUCCGGUGGUUUGAGAUGUUCGUCUCUCUUUUGGUCAUAGGCACGGUCAUAUGUUUUUCCGUGGAACUGUUCUCGGUAAGCAUUGAUAACAUUGGCGAUGUAUUUCGUGGCUUUCUACCAAGCAAGGCUGUUGUGGAGGGUGAUGGAAUUUACUUAAGUUUGGCUAUCUUGGGCGCAACUGUAAUGCCUCAUAGUUUAUACCUUGGCUCUGGUGUUGUACAGCCGCGAUUAAGGGACUACGAUAUCGAUAAUGGUCAUUACAAACCCAGUGAGACAGACAUUGACAAUAACCACGACAAUUACAAACCUUCGCAUGCCGCGAUCAAUGACACUCUUACGUAUACUAUCACAGAGUUACUAAUAUCACUUUUCACUGUCGCGCUGUUCGUCAAUUGCUCGAUUCUCAUAGUGGCUGGUGCCACGCUGUACGGAACCUCUCAGGACUCAACAGCCGAUCUUUUCUCGAUCUACGAGCUUUUGUGCAAAAGUCUAUCAAAGGCUGCAGGGACAAUUUUCGUUUUGGCACUGCUAUUCUCCGGGCAAUCCGCGGGUAUAGUGUGUACAUUGAGUGGUCAAAUGGUAUCAGAGGGGUUUUUGAAUUGGUCAAUUGCACCAGCGUUCCGCAGAGCGCUGACUCGGGCUGUGGCCAUUACGCCAUGUUUAAUUUUGGUCUUAGUCGCAGGACGGCGGGGCCUCAGUGGUGCAUUGAACGCCUCCCAAGUAGUGUUAUCUCUACUGCUGCCGUUUGUGUCUGCGCCAUUGCUCUAUUUCACCAGCAGCAAGAAGAUCAUGCGUGUAGAAUUGGCGAACAACUGUUACUACGACAUGCGUGACGUGGGCAUUCCCUUACAAGAUCUUAACCGCUUAGAUAACAACCAACGUGAUGAAAGCGAAGAUGCCGUUAGCGAGCAUUCUACAAACGAGUCUUCAGAUGCGUUGUACGUAGACAUGAGCAAUAGUCUGUUCACUACAAUAUGCUCUGUGGCAUUGUGGGUCUUCAUAUCCGGUCUAAACUUUUACUUGUUAGCAAGUUUCUCAAAAGGCAACGAUGUACAUAUGUAA